GAAAUUGAAAAGGGAUAAGAGGAAGGAGAAAAUGCUGGGCUGGUGUGAAGCGAUAGCCCGUAACCCUCACAGAAUCCCAAACAACACGAGAACACCUGAGAUUUCAGGGGAUUUGGCUGAUGCCCCACAAGCCUCCACGUUGAAUGACAAAUCCCCAGGGCGAUCUGCCAGUCGAUCAAGUAACAUUUCAAAAGCAAGCAGUCCAACAACAGGGACAGCUCCCAGGAGCCAGUCAAGGUUGUCUGUCUGUCCAUCUACUCAGGACAUCUGCAGGAUCUGUCACUGUGAAGGGGAUGAAGAGAGCCCCCUCAUCACACCCUGUCGCUGCACAGGCACCCUGCGCUUUGUCCACCAGUCCUGCCUCCACCAGUGGAUCAAGAGCUCAGACACACGCUGCUGUGAACUCUGCAAAUAUGACUUCAUAAUGGAGACCAAGCUCAAACCUCUCCGGAAGUGGGAGAAGCUACAGAUGACCACAAGUGAAAGGAGGAAAAUAUUCUGCUCAGUCACAUUCCAUGUAAUCGCAAUCACCUGCGUCGUUUGGUCCUUGUACGUGUUAAUAGACCGGACGGCAGAGGAAAUCAAGCAAGGCAAUGAUAAUGGUGUCCUUGAAUGGCCAUUUUGGACAAAACUGGUUGUGGUGGCCAUUGGCUUCACAGGAGGUCUCGUCUUCAUGUACGUACAGUGUAAAGUCUACGUUCAAUUGUGGCGCAGGCUGAAGGCCUACAACCGUGUGAUCUUCGUGCAAAAUUGUCCAGACACUGCCAAAAAACUGGAGAAGAACUUCUCAUGUAAUUUAAACACAGACAUCAAGGAUGCUGUGGUAGUGCCUGUAUCACAGAUGGGUACCAAUUCACUGCCACCUGCAGAAGGCAGCCCCCCUGAAGUUAUACCAGUCUGAUGGUACCAGCUGGGAGUUUCUUCACUGAAGAAUAAGCCCUCAGCCACUACAAAUGACAGAGUGAUCUUGAAUUACUCUACCUUCUCUUUCUCCUACUGACUGAUUUUUCCUUACUUCGCUCAAAAAGGAAAGGAGAGAAAAACACCAAAUGAGCAGGAUCUCAUGAAGCAAAGCCUAAAGUGUGAUAUGAAAAUGUGGAGAGUUUGCCAGAGAAUGAUUUCUAAGACAAUUAAGCACUAUGGGGGCCAGGAAUGCUUUUAGGCAAUGACAACAGAUUUACUUAAUAGACAUGAGAUACUCUUCACAGUAGCAGGGGAAAAGUUGAACACAGACUUGAAUUGCAAUGUGUAUUUCUUCUAGGGCCCUGUAGGUUAAUUAUCUCAUCUGGAAAUAACAUAUUUGGUUUAAAGCUUGAAAUUGCCUGCAUUAUCCCUAAAUCACACCUGAAGCAAAAUAGGAGGAUGCGUAUUUUGAUAUUCAUACUUUGACAGCUAACAGAUUUUUAUGGCUAUAAUGGUGUCUGAUUGUUUUGACAGAUGCAUGUUUUUAAUAGCUGCAAUGCACAUUUGAAAAUACUUGGAAUUAUGUUUAAAUCAUGAACAAAGGAUUUUCAAGGGAAAUUUUAAGUUUAAUUAGUUGCUCUGUUAAAACAACAGAAGUUGAAACCCACUCUUGGGUCCUGUAUUUUAUUUUUAUUUAUCCCUCUAAAACAGUGUUGUCCAGUAGAAAUACAAUGUGAGCCACAAAUGUAGGCAACAGAU